CAUCACAUGUAUGCGUCAGGCUCAGGAAGCCGACACACUGCUUUAGGUGCUCAUCACAGUCAGAUCUUCACUCACGUCUUCCUGCACUCCUUAGGCUGAGGUUGACCUGAGAGCUCUGCAGUCCAACUGACGAUGCCACAACAACACACCCAUCAUUCCCUCAUCCACGUCCUCUUGUUAUGGACCACCAUCCUUUCCAUCAUCCAAAUUGUGUCCAUAGUGGUUUUCUUCAAAGUGGAACGCUGUAGCCAGUGUCAGAACUGUAGCGCUGUAGCACGAGAACACAAAAUGCCAUUCCAUGAAAACAAUAACACUUCGUCUCCUCCUGAGUUUCUCCUGGCAAAGGGCAAAAUGGCAAACUUUGAAAGCAAAGGAGUCCACCCAAAUAAAACCAUCGAGUGGAAAGAAGACGACAGUUCAUCAGGCCUGAUCUCAAGUGGAUACGUUCUGAACAUACUGAAGGAUGGAUAUUACUUUCUGAGUCUCAGGGUAACGCUGGAAUGCAAUGGAAAGAAAUCUACAGGGCAGGAACUGGACCAAAUAAGCGUGAAAAACUUGGAUAAAGAUAUUCUGCAGGGUUGGUUUGAUGCACAAACAUGCAGCACAGGCGUCCUCAGCAAAGUGGAGAGACUCGCAGCUAGAAGCACCCUGAUGGUCACCAUCACCAGCAAUAAGAGUACGAAUGACAGCGGAUCACUGACCCACCUGAGUGUCAUAUACAUGGACAAUCCUUAAACACAGGACUGGUGACGGAACGUUUUCACUGUGUUUCAGGGUUUGUGCUCAUGUAGCGACCCUGUGCAGAUGCAAAGAUAGUUGAGUUUAUUGUCCUCAAACCCAUCUGAACAUCUCUUUACGACAUCUCUGUGUACAGUCGCAAAGAUGGAGAUCUGCCACAAACCAAACUAACCCUGGGAAACAAUUGGUUUUGAAGUCCUUCCACUGUAUAACAUCCUCAGGGUUUGUGUAGUCGAUGCCAUCACUACAAAUCUACUUCUUCGCUGUUGUGCUCAAACUUUUGUUUCAUAAACCAGAAAAGCAGACUGAGACUUAUCUCAUUUCUGCUCAGAUAGCUACCCAGAUAGCAAAAUCAUUAUGGCUUAAAUCUGGCCCAAAACUGGCAUGCCAUUUUG